AUGGACAGCAGCUGUGCAACGGAGUCUUCGCCCGUUUCGUACUUGGCAUCGAACUCGUUGAUCGACGAGCUGGCAUCUUGGAAAUCGUCCUCGGUGCUGGUAAACGAGGCCUUGGACCGAGGGGUGUCUGGGAGUCUUGGAGAAAGCUUAGAAGGAGUGGACGCAGUUGGAGGAGCACUUGCAGUGUCAAAAAUGGGUUCGGAGUCGGGAGUCGGAGUUGUAUCUGGACUGGCCGGGGUUGUGGUGAUGGCCGGGGCGGCGAUCUUGUUGCUAGGCCCCAAAUCGGAAGACUGCGAAAUUCCAGAAAAUUGUUUCGAGUGUCUUGAUGGACUAGCACUGUGGGAUUUUGUUCCGUUGAUGGCAGUUUGGGUCUGGUUGAGCCUGGAAAGGUCUGCCAUCGAUCCGUUGCGGCUGCUGUCCAUCGAGUUCGUGCCGAGCUGGAAUUUGGCCGGUCUUUGUGAUUGGGCUGCUGGGAGCACCGCGCCAGCAGAAAAAUUUCGGUUUUUUAGCUGUUCCAACUUGGUGUCGAGAGGGAGAGAGUUGGAGCUGAAAUGGGCGUUAUCCUGGUUCAUUUUGCGCUGGAUCUCCGAGUCCGACUCGUGCUGUUUCUGUGCAGCCAGGUUUCCUGGGGCUGUGAAGUUCCGAUGGCCGUCGAACUUGGGGGUCUGUGCCUGA